AUGAAGGUUGCAGUUUGUAUCCUCAUUGCUUUCAUUGGCUUAGCCAACGGCACUGGUUGUGGCUAUGGAAAUUGUGGAGGAUAUGGGUCUGGAGGAUCAUAUGAAGUAGUUGGCAAUAGAGGCUCUGGAUGGGGAAACGGAGGUUCUGGACCUGGAUGGAGAGGCUCAGGAUGGGUCAGUGGAGGUUCUAGUUCGGGAUGGGGUAAAGGAGGUUCUGGAUCUGGAUGGAGAGGCUAUGAAUUGGUCAGUGGAGGCUCUGGUUCGGGAUUGGGCAAAGAAGGUUCUGGAUCUGGAUGGAGAGGCUCUGGAUGGGUCAAUGGAGGCUCAGGAUCAGGAUGGAGCAAAGGCGGUUCUGGAUCUGGAUGGGGAGGCUCUGAUUGGGGCAAAGAAGGUUCUGGAUCUAGAUGGGGAAAUGGAGGUUCUGGAUAUGGUAGUAACAUAGUUAUUGUAGGAAAUGGUGGUUACGGAGGCUCUGGAUCUAGAUGGGGUAAAGAAGGUUCAGGUGACGGAGGUUAUGGAGGCUCUGGAUCAGAAUGGGUCAGUGGAGGCUCUGGUUCUGGAUGGGGCAAAGGAGGUUCAGGAUACGGAGGCUCUGGAUCCGGAUGGGUCAGUGUAGGCUCUGGAUCCGGAUGGAACAAUGGAGGCUCUGGAUCCGGAUGGGGCAAAGGAGGUUCAGGAUACGGUGGUUAUGGAGGCUCUGGAUCCGGAUGGGUUAGUGGAGGAUCUGGAUCUGGAUGGGGCAAAGAAGGUUCAGGAUAUGGAGGUUAUGGAGGCUCUGGAUGGGGCAAUGAAGCCUCUGGAUCUGGAUGGGCCAGUGGGGGCUCUGGGUCAGGAUGGGGCAAGGGAGGAUCAUCAGACUAUGGAUAUCGAGGUAAAAUUUAA